AGUGAAAAAUCUGACUUAAUGUGUUUGUGUGAUGUGUUUAGCACAGAGUAAACCUGUGUUAUAUAACAGUGAUCUUGAGCAGCUUGUUGUUAGGCUGCACCUGUUAUUAGGACUGUGAAUAAGUUGAAAGGGAUGGGAAAUUCUGCAUAUUUGGGAAGUAAUCUAUGUGCAAAUCACCAUGCUGAUAAAAAGUAAACUGCUCUCAGUUUUAGUCACUUUUGGAAGCUCUAAUACUUAGCUUAUGCUGAAGCUGUUCUUACAGGUAUUGAAGGUCCCCUAUUCUGACAAUGAGGUUUUCUUGUAUGUUUAAGUGUUUGUGUGUAGCCGAGGAAAUACCCAAGACAGAGAGCAUAUCUUUAAAAUUGGGAUGUGGGGGAUGAUGAGGUUGUUCUGUGUAAAGAUUUCUCCCUCUUCUUUGCAUUUCUAACUGUACUGAUAACUACCAUACUAGUCAUUUCCACAGCAAGGAUUUAUUAAAAACCUUUCUUCCUUUCCCUCCACUGUUACUGCCUUAUUACUCAUGAAAGUUAAGCUAUAUUUAAGAAUAACUACUCUUUCUGCAUUUGUAUGAUAUUGCUGUUCAAGUCACAGCUGUACAUACAUUGUUGUAGAGGAAAGGUUUGUGUUUUACAUGUAAAAUGGACCUGUAAUAUUUUGCAAUAUUUAAGUUUCAGUGUACUUCUUUUAAAAGAAGUAUAAUGUUUCUAACCAGUUAUACUGUGCCUUGUGUCUUUAUAUUCAUUAGCCAUUACAUCGUGGUGAAUAAUUGGAGAAUUUUAGGAGGCUUUGCACCUCUUCUGCAGGGAUUGGUCACAGUUGGGUUUAAUUGCAAGGGGGAAGAAUAGUUUAGAUAUAUUUAUUGAUAUGUUAAUUCUUGUGGGUGAAAACAGAAGCACCUGAGAAGAUCCUUAGACAUAAGUUUUUACCAGAUAAGCUUAUUCUGUGGGUGGAGGCUUGACUCCAAAGUCUCAUCUCAUUCUGAACAUGUUAACUGUUUCUCAGAAUUGCUUUCCCAUGUGCCUGUGUUUUGAGCAUGUGUAUGUGUAUAUGUACAUAGCUCCUAGUUCUUGUGAUGUUUUGUGGUGUAAUAAUCUUAAAGAGCUCUUUCAUUUAAAAAUUCUGUAAUUAAUUUCUGGGAGCAUGAUGUGCCACCUUGUACUGAAGUCAACUUCAAGUGACUCCAGAAUUUAAAAAAAAAUUUGAACUAAUUAGAAUGGCAAUGAGCUGGGAACCACAAUGUUGUAAGAGUUAAAAUCUUCUGGAAAAGAUCACCUGAAAGACCAUAUGUCACUUUAUUUAAAAUAGAGUUCUGGAAGCUGAAGAACAAGUACUGGUUAUGUAUCACAGAUACUGGGAAGAGUAUAGCAAAGGGGCAGACUAUAUGGACUGUUUAUACAGGUACCUCAACACACAGUUUAUUAAGAAGAACAAAUUGACUGAAGCUGAUCUUCAGUAUGGUUAUGGAGGGGUGGAUAUGAAUGAACCUUUGAUGGAGAUUGGAGAGCUAGCUCUUGAUAUGUGGAGAAAAUUAAUGAUUGAGCCACUGCAGGCCAUCCUUAUUCGGAUGCUCCUCCGAGAAAUAAAAAAUGAUCGCUGUGGAGAAGACCCAAACCAGAAAGUAAUCCAUGGGGUUAUUAACUCCUUUGUUCAUGUUGAACAGUAUAAGAAAAAAUUCCCCCUAAAGUUUUAUCAGGAAAUUUUUGAGUGUCCUUUUCUGAAUGAAACAGGGGAGUAUUAUAAACAAGAAGCUUCGAACUUAUUGCAAGAGUCAAAUUGCUCACAGUACAUGGAGAAGGUUUUAGGUAGAUUAAAAGAUGAAGAAAUGCGGUGUCGGAAGUACUUGAAUCCCAGCUCAUAUGGCAAAGUGACUCAUGAAUGCCAGCAGAGGAUGGUAGCUGAUCACUUGCAGUUUCUACAUGCAGAAUGUCACAAUAUUAUCAGACAAGAGAAAAGAAGUGACAUGGCAAAUAUGUAUACUCUGCUUCGUGCUGUGUCAAGUGGUUUACCUCAUAUGAUUCAGGAACUACAAAACCAUAUCCAUGAUGAGGGCCUUAGAGCAACCAGCAAUCUUUCUCAGGAAAAUAUGCCAACUCAGUUUGUGGAGUCAGUUUUGGAAGUACAUAGUAAAUUUGUUCAACUGAUCAACACUGUUUUGAAUGGUGAUCAACACUUUAUGAGUGCCCUUGACAAGGCUUUGACAUCAGUAGUUAACUAUCGGGAGCCCAAGUCGAUCUGCAAAGCGCCUGAGUUGCUGGCCAAAUACUGUGACAACUUGUUAAAGAAAUCAGCAAAAGGAAUGACAGAGAAUGAAGUAGAAGACAAGCUUACAAGUUUCAUUACUGUGUUCAAAUACAUUGAUGACAAAGAUGUAUUCCAAAAGUUCUAUGCCAGAAUGUUGGCAAAAAGAUUAAUUCAUGGUUUGUCUAUGUCUAUGGAUUCUGAAGAAGCGAUGAUAAACAAACUAAAGCAAGCCUGUGGUUAUGAAUUUACCAGCAAGCUCCAUCGAAUGUAUACAGACAUGAGUGUUAGUGCUGAUCUCAACAACAAAUUCAACAACUUUAUCAAAAACCAGGACACAAUCAUUGAUUUGGGAAUUAGUUUUCAGAUAUAUGUUCUACAGGCUGGUGCAUGGCCUCUAACUCAGGCUCCUUCUUCUACAUUUGCAAUUCCUCAGGAACUGGAAAAAAGUGUACAGAUGUUUGAAUUAUUUUACAGUCAGCAUUUUAGUGGAAGGAAGCUUACUUGGUUACAUUAUCUUUGUACAGGUGAAGUAAAAAUGAAUUAUUUGUGCAAACCUUACGUAGCCAUGGUCACAACAUACCAAAUGGCAGUGUUGCUUGCCUUCAACAACAGUGAGACUGUCACUUACAAGGAGCUUCAGGACAGUACACAAAUGAAUGAGAAGGAGCUGACAAAAACCAUCAAAUCUUUGCUUGAUGUCAAAAUGAUCAACCAUGACUCAGACAAGGAAGACAUAGAGACAGAGUCUACGUUUUCAUUAAAUAUGAACUUCAGCAGUAAACGAACAAAGUUUAAAAUUACCACAUCAAUGCAGAAAGACACACCACAGGAGAUGGAGCAGACCCGAAGUGCUGUGGAUGAAGACAGGAAAAUGUAUCUUCAAGCUGCUAUAGUCCGUAUCAUGAAGGCACGUAAAGUGCUGAGACAUAAUGCUCUUAUUCAGGAGGUAAUUAGCCAAUCAAGAGCUAGGUUUAACCCAAGUAUCAGCAUGAUUAAGAAGUGUAUUGAAGUCCUGAUAGACAAACAGUACAUAGAGCGAAGCCAGGCCUCUGCAGACGAGUACAGUUAUGUAGCAUGAUGUGCUGUCCUGCAGGUAUGAUUGUAAGGAGAUCAUUGCUGUCACUGUUUGGUGUGUUCCUGUGGGAAGAGGCAGGCCUGUGCCUCUUGGUCACUUGGCAGCCCCUGUUUUUCUGCUGUUUACAACAUCACCAGUGCCAUGUCAUGAGCGUCAAUGAAAAUGCCUAUAGAUAUUUCAAGCUCAUGUCAUUAUGACAUUUCUUAAAACUUUACUAAAAGAAUGAGUGAAGUAUUGCUGAAAUGUGGAGAAUUGGUUGGGUACCAUGCUUUUUUUUUCCCCCUCCCCUUUCACGUUUGCAGUUGAUGUUUUUUAAUGUAUCUUAAGACAAAGUAAAAAAAAAAUCACACAAAAAACCUAAAUAUUGUAAUAUGACAGAUAACCUAAUUAUUGUAUCUACAUUAAAAUGUAAAAAAAAUGACGAACAUGAUACUGCUGCUUGUCAAAUAAAAAAAUAAAGUUAUAUAAUGUGUCUCGAA